AUGGAUGACGGUUCUGUAAAAAUCCAAUCCGGGAUCAACAUCAAUAUAAAAAGAACAGAUGGCCGGAUCCACUCUGCGAUCGUCUCCGGCGUGAAUCUCGAGACGCGAUCAGUGACAGUGGAAUGGUACGAGCGAGGCGAGACAAAGGGCAAGGAGGUGGAGAUAGAUGCCAUCCUCGCACUCAACCCAGAACUCGCCGGUCAACGGCAUCACACGCCCCAUUUACAGCCGAUGCCCAACAAACUGGCCAGGGAACCAUCGGGCUCGUCGUCCGACGACGGCGGGUUUCUGCGGGAGGGCGCCGAGACCGAGGGCGCCGGCGACUCGGGCCACACGCUGCCCGUGCGCAACUCUCGAUCGGACAUGACACGGCAGUCGAUCCCGGUAGCAACUAAAGCGCCGUCGCGCGUCACCCGCAACAAUCAGAUGCGGCUGUCGAACGCGGGCGGCGCGUACACGAACGGUCACGGCGGGGACACCACGGGGCGGCGUGGUGCGGAGAAUGUGCCACCACCACAAGCCCAGCCUGUGCCCAAUUCUAGGAUUACACAACAGUUCAACCCGCCGGUGUCGUCGGCGCGGCCAGCGGCGGUGUCGAGCACGGUGUCGGUGCCGCACGCGGUGGCGUCGGGCGCGGUGCGGCGCUCCAACGUGGUGAAGGAGGUGGAACGGCUGAAGGAGAACAGGGAGAAGAGGAGGCAGCGGCAGGCGGAGCUGAAGGAGGAGAAGGAAGCCCUAAUGAACAUGGACCCCGGCAACCCCAACUGGGAGUUCCUGGCCAUGAUAAGGGAGUACCAGAACAGCAUCGAGUUCCGACCGCUCACGGGCAACGAGCCGGUGGAGGACCACCAGAUCACCGUGUGCGUGAGGAAGAGGCCGCUCAAUAAGAAGGAGGUGGCUAAGAAAGAGGUGGAUGUUAUCAGUGUUCCUACAAAGGAUCAAAUGAUAGUUCACGAGCCGAAGAACAAAGUGGAUCUCACAAAAUAUUUGGAAAACCAGAAAUUCAGAUUUGACUAUGCUUUUGACGAUUCCUGCACGAACGAAGUAGUCUAUAAGUACACGGCUAAGCCAUUAGUGCAAACGAUCUUCGAGGGCGGCAUGGCCACGUGCUUCGCGUACGGGCAGACCGGCUCCGGCAAGACGCACACCAUGGGCGGCGACUUCCAGGGCAAAAUGCAGGACUGCAAGAAGGGAAUAUACGCGAUGGCAGCGCGCGAUGUUUUUGUGUACCUGAAGUCGCCCAAGUACAAGCCGCUCAACCUCAUCGUGUCCGCCUCCUUCUUCGAGAUAUACUCCGGGAAGGUUUUCGAUCUACUAGCGGACAAGGCGAAGCUGCGCGUGUUGGAGGACGGCAAGCAGCAGGUGCAGAUCGUGGGGCUCACGGAGAAGGUGGUGGACAACGUGGACGAGGUGCUCAAGCUCAUACAGCACGGCAACGCCGCCAGGACCUCUGGGCAGACGUCGGCGAACUCGAACUCGUCGCGGUCGCACGCCGUGUUCCAGAUCGUGGUGCGGUCGCCCGGCAUGCACCGCGUGCACGGCAAGUUCAGCCUCAUCGACCUCGCCGGCAACGAGCGCGGCGCCGACACCUCCUCCGCCAACCGCCAGACGCGCAUGGAGAGCGCGGAGAUCAACAAGUCGCUGCUGGCGCUGAAGGAGUGCAUCCGCGCGCUCGGCAUGAAGGGCAACAACCACCUGCCCUUCCGCGUGUCCAAGCUCACGCAGGUGCUGCGCGACUCCUUCAUCGGCGACAAGUCCCGCACCUGCAUGAUCGCCAUGAUCUCGCCCGCCAUGAGCUCCUGCGAGCACAGCCUCAACACGCUCAGAUAUGCCGACAGAGUGAAAGAGCUGGGCACGACGGAGGGGUCCCGCGGAGGGCGCCCGGAGUCGCCGCUGGCCGACGUGGAGAUGGAGCCCGCGCACGACGACCUCGCGCAUCUGCGCUCGCUUAAUGAGGGCGACAUGUCGGCGGAGAUGUACACGUUCCACGAGGCCAUCGACGAGCUGCAGCGCGCCGAGGAGGAGGUGCUCGACAACCACAAGGCCAUCUCCGACUACCUGCAGCACGCGCUGCAGCGCUGCGCCGCGCUGCUCGCCCUCACGCGCGACGUCGACUACGACCAGGACGCGUACGCGACCCAAUGGGAGGAGUUGCUGAACGAGCAGUUGGCGGUACUGGCGCAGUCACGUGACCUCGUCGCCGAGUUCCGGGCGAAGAUGCAGCAAGAGGAGCACAUCUCCCGCCGCAUACAGCCCUCGCGACACCAC